AUGGACUAGUCUGCAACAAUAUCCACAUGUACGAUGGAGAUUAGUUCGCCAGUGGUCGUGAAUCGACGGCCAGAACUGCAUUAACCUUCAUUCUAAAGGUAAGUUCAAUGGUGGGCUUCCCAAUCAACAGCACAAUCCAAGCUAGAUCCCCCUCUCAAUCGCUCGCUCGCUCGCUCGCUCGCUCGCUCGCCUGCAUUUUGUUGCCACUGCAAAUUUUGAGGCUGGUUAAAAAUGGCUGAGGCAAAGCCCGGAAUGAGAAAACCGGUUUUCACCAAGGUUGAUCAGCUUCGUCCAGGAACUAGUGGACACACCCUUACUGUGAAGGUGGUGAGCUCAAAAAUGGUGUUGCAGAAGGGUCGUCCUGAUGGGCCUCAAGUACGCCAGAUGCGGAUUGCUGAGUGCCUGGUCGGUGAUGAGACUGGAAUGAUUGUAUUUACAGCCAGAAAUGACCAAGUGGACUUGAUGAAGCCUGACACUACUGUAAUCCUGCGGAAUGCAAAAAUUGAUAUGUUCAAGGGUUCAAUGAGGCUUGCUGUGGACAAAUGGGGUCGUGUUGAGGUGACUGAACCUGCCAAUUUCACGGUGAAGGAAGAUAACAACCUUUCACUGGUGGAAUAUGAACUGGUGAAUGUUGUCGAAGAGUGAAUCGAUGGAAAGUGAUAUGCUCCUCACUACCCCCAAGAGGAAGUUGAGUGAAACAAGAUGUGGGUUUUGUGGUUUUUUGGUUGGAAAAGUGGUAUUUCUGUUGUUUUCCUGGGCAUCCGGGUCCAAGUUAUCCAUGAAAAUUCUCUUUUUAGGACAAAAAAUCUUGAAGCUACUACUAAGGAAGUCAGGUCAUACCUAAUCAGCAGCUGAGGCAGCCGGUGGACCUUCCAAGGAAGACCUCGAUGCAGAUGGUGAUUGCACCCGACAGAUGUGAUGAAAACAGCUGCAUAGAACUUGUUUAUGGUUGUUUCUUAUUUUAGGACAGGAAUUCCUCUUCGGCUACGAGACAAUUUAUAAAUGAUAUGACAAAUAUGGCCCUUCCUUUUUUUUUUUUGUUUCAUGUACGAUUCCUGCAUGCUUUGGUUCUCGAUGUCUCUGCUCUACUCGUGACUCAAACAUGAUUCUAUAUGUGCAAGUUCAUAUUUUAUAUUUAUAUA